GCGGCGGCGGCGGCCCGCGGAGCGCAGCGCACCCCCGCACCCCGCUCCGGCCGCUUCCCGCGGGGCUGCUGAGGCCACCAGCUUCCCGGGGCUGGAGGGCGCCUCUCGGCCGCUGGGUGCCGGCGGCUCCGGGCCACCUGUGAAUUUUCCGCCUGGCGGGUGCCGUUACUUCUUACCUGAUGGAUGUUCCUAGACUGAGAAUGACAUGGCGUGGAGGACACUGCAGUAUUUAGUCUCUCUUUGAUGGCAUUACACAUUAGUUAAACUCAGAGCAGUUUAACUUUGAAGAUUGCUGCUGCUGUUACAGACCUGAAGAAGUGCUUGAUAUGCCUGAGAGUGUGUCUAUUCCAUCCCACAUGCAGCAGUUGAUCUAUUAACAGAUCCAGAUUUGCCUCUCACACUGCUUUUGACUACUCUGGACAGUAGCAACACGUUGAAUCUGACAUGAUUCCUGCCAGGUGUACUGCUGCAGAUGGAAUUCUGAGUAUAAGGAAUGAGAAUUGAUAGGACUUGUCAGUGUUCCUCCUGCUAUAGCCCAGCAAAUCUCUGAGCAGCAGCAAAGGAGACCUGCAAACAAAAAAGAAAUAGAAGCCCUUAACCUACCUUGUUCAGAGAGAGCACUAAAUCAGCACAAUAUGGCACAGCAUAGUAUUGUCCUUGGAUUAUUCAUGAUGACUGUUUUAUCACUGUUGGAUGGAAGUUCGGCUUUCCUGUUAAAUCAACGUCUGAAGGGAAGAUUUCAAAAAGACCGUAGAAACAUCCGCCCAAACAUCAUCCUUGUUCUUACUGAUGAUCAGGAUGUAGAACUUGGUUCUAUGCAAGUGAUGAAUAAAACGAGGCGGAUCAUGGAACACGGAGGCGCUCAUUUCAUCAAUGCCUUUGUGACAACACCCAUGUGCUGCCCAUCUCGCUCCUCGAUUCUUACAGGGAAGUACGUCCACAACCACAACACUUACACUAACAAUGAGAACUGUUCUUCCCCAUCGUGGCAGGCUCAGCAUGAGAUACGUACAUUCGCAGUGUACCUCAACAACACAGGAUACAGGACAGCUUUCUUUGGAAAGUACCUCAAUGAAUACAAUGGUUCCUAUGUGCCUCCUGGUUGGAAAGAAUGGGUUGGAUUACUUAAAAAUUCUCGAUUUUACAACUACACACUCUGCAGAAAUGGAGUGAAGGAGAAGCAUGCAUCUGACUACUCCAGGGAUUAUCUAACUGAUCUGAUUACCAAUGACAGUAUUACCUUCUUCAGAAUCUCAAAGAAGAUGUAUCCUCACAGGCCUGUGCUGAUGGUUAUAAGCCAUGCCGCUCCUCACGGCCCUGAAGAUUCAGCCCCUCAGUACUCACACCUUUUUCCCAAUGCCUCACAACACAUCACUCCCAGUUAUAACUAUGCCCCAAACCCAGACAAGCACUGGAUAAUGAGGUAUACAGGUCCCAUGAAACCUAUACACAUGGAGUUCACUAAUAUGCUACAGAGAAAGCGCCUUCAAACGCUCAUGUCUGUGGAUGACUCUAUGGAGAUGAUCUACAACACGUUGGUUGAAACAGGUGAACUGGACAACACGUACAUAAUCUACACAGCAGACCAUGGUUAUCAUAUUGGGCAAUUUGGGCUGGUGAAAGGAAAGUCCAUGCCAUAUGAGUUUGAUAUCAGAGUUCCUUUCUAUGUCCGAGGUCCAAAUGUGGAGGCUGGGUCCUUGAAUCCUCACAUUGUGUUGAAUAUUGAUCUUGCACCUACAAUUCUAGAUAUUGCUGGAUUGGAUAUUCCGUCUGAUAUGGAUGGUAAAUCCAUUCUAAAGCUACUGGAUUCUGAGAGGCCGGUGAAUAGGUUUCAUUUAAAGAAAAAGAUGAAGGUGUGGAGAGAUUCAUUCCUAGUGGAAAGAGGUAAACUGCUGCACAAGAGGGAGAAUGAGAAGGUAGAUGCCCAGGAAGAAAACUUUCUACCCAAAUACCAGCGUGUGAAAGACCUCUGUCAGCGAGCUGAGUAUCAAACAGCUUGUGAACAGCUUGGCCAGAAAUGGCAGUGUGUGGAAGAUGCCAGUGGAAAGCUCAAGCUGCACAAAUGCAAGGGAAUGGCAAACUUGGCAGCUGCAGGCAACACCAAAGGCAGCUCCGAUAUUUUGCCCAAGUAUUACAACAGGAAUAGUGAAGACUGCAAUUGUGAAGAGAACGAAUACAAGCUGAGCCACGUUGGGAGGAGAAAGAAACUCUUCUCCAAGAAAAAAUACAAACCAAGCUACACCCGGAAUCGCUCCGUCCGUUCUGUGGCUGUGGAGCUGGAGGGAGCUGUUUAUAACUUGGGUUUAGAGGAUGGCUACCAACCUGUCUUACCCAGAAACAUCACCAAGAGACACAAGAUGCAGAGGGCUGUUCUUCGAGAGGAGGAAGAUAAAGACAUGGGGGAAUACAGUGGCACUGGGGGCAUUGCAGAGUAUCCAGCCCCUAACCUAAUCAAAGUGACACACAGGUGCUAUAUCCUGGAGAACGAUACUGUUCAGUGUGACACGGAUCUGUACAGGUCACUGCAGGCUUGGAAGGACCAUAAACUUCAUAUUGACCACGAGAUUGAAACUUUGCAGAAUAAAAUAAAAAACCUGAGGGAAGUGAGAGGCCACCUGAAGAAGAAGCGACCUGAAGAGUGUGAUUGCAACAAGAUAAGUUACCAUUCAAAACACAAAAGCAAACUGAGGCACAAGGGAUCGAGUCUGCAUCCUUUCAAGAAAGCCCUGCAGGAGAAAGACAGACUGUGGCUGCUUCGGGAGCAAAGGCGGAAGAAGAAACUGCGCAAACUGCUGAAGAGAAUCAAAAACAACGACACGUGCAGCAUGCCUGGCCUGACCUGCUUCACCCACGACAACCAGCACUGGCAAACCGCUCCCCUCUGGACACUGGGCCCUUUCUGUGCCUGUACCAGCGCCAACAACAACACGUACUGGUGUUUGAGGACAAUCAAUGAGACCCACAACUUCCUGUUCUGUGAAUUCGCGACUGGAUUUCUGGAGUACUUUGACCUCAACACCGACCCCUAUCAGCUCAUUAAUGCCGUGAAUACGCUAGAUCGAGAUGUCCUCAAUCAACUGCACGUCCAGCUCAUGGAACUAAGAAGCUGCAAAGGAUACAAACAAUGCAAUCCAAGGACCAGGAACAUGGAUCUGGGACUUAAAGAUGGAAGCUACGAGCAGUACAGGCAGUUUCAGCGUCGAAAGUGGCCAGAUGUGAAGAGACCAUCAUCUGCCAAGUCACUAGGCCAACUGUGGGAAGGAUGGGAGGGCUAACCUCCCCCACCAGCUGCACCUCCAUGAGGAUACAAACUGGCCAGAACUUGAAUCCAUGUACAGACUAAAUGAAAAUGUGUAUGACUUCAGAAAGAAUUCUACUGUUAGCCUGGAGGACUGGAUCAACGUUGAGGCUGAAAUAGAUCCAGUGUUUGCACUGGUGAGCGAGUUCAAUAGAGGCGGUGAAAUUGUGGGAAAUGCUGUCAAAUACAGGUCUCGGGAAUCCACUCUCGUCCUGCUUUUUGCUUUGGAUUAUACCUCACCUGCUUCACAAGGCAUUUUACUUCAAGAAGACACCAGUACCACUCACCCAGGAACUGGAAGGAACGCAGCAGGCCAAAGAGGGGGCUCAGCCCCGGGGCAAAGCGGCCACACAGAAGUAAACUUGAAACGUUUAAAGUUCAACUCUAGCUUCAGUUGUCCUGACUAGACUUCCAAGCCAAGUAUAACUAAAGCAAGGUUUAGAUAACAUGGACACUUUUGCUGCUAACUGGGAUAAAGGUGGUGGUGGAAAAGAACUUUUCAGAGAUUGAUGAAUUGAAGAGAGCAGCAGCGUUGAAUAUUCUCAGCACAGUGGUAUUUCUCACAGUUCCUCUGAGGAUCCAUUUUAGUUCCACAUCUUGUCCAUCCUACUGCCACCUCUAGGAAAAUUAGAGAAAAUCUUGACUAACAGGAUGCCAGGUUUUUGGAGGGGUUGUGUAAAUAUUGACUGAUAUACUGUUUGAAAGUAAAUCCUUCAGGUUGUGAAGAGUUUUGUUAAUAAAAAGAGCGGAAUGCCCACA